UGAAGCUCCAAGGUCCUCAGAUACAGAGGGGCUCUACCCCAAAAGUGAGGCUGCAAUGCUCUGGUGAAACUGGAGAAACCAUGGAGCAGGGAGUAUAUUGGUUCCGCCAGAGGAAAAACGGAAAGAAUCCAGAAGCAAUUGUUUAUCUCAGUUUGGUGAACAAAUCAAUUUUCCAAUUAGAAUCAACAGAUCAAGUUCGUUUCAAAGCAGAAAAAUCAGGAAGCUCAUUCAGUCUGACCAUUGACACAUUUCAGGAAAAGGACCAGGGAACUUAUUAUUGUAUGUUUAUUAAAAAUUUUGUGCUAACCUUCAGUCCAGGACAUCAACUAUUCUAUCCUGAAGUAACAACACCUAAACCAACAACAACCAAACCACCUCCAGCCACCACAGCUAAAGAAUCAAAGUCAGAAGAGAACUGCAACUGCAUCUCUGGAAAAAAAGUCCCAACAGAGACAAAAACUGAAUCCUGGAAGAUUGACUGU